AUGUCUGAGUCAGGUUCCUCCUCUACACCGCCAUUGAAAAACCCCAAACUCAGCGCCCUGAACAAAGCAUUUGCUCAAGUUGACCUGGACGGCCAUGACCUCCCACCGUCCCCCGCCCCUUCGAGCCCGCGAGGGAGCCGGAACUAUGCCAUUGCCACCCAGCUGGUCUACUCCGAAGGCAGUGACCAGUACAAUGCGAGCAGCGUGCCAAUUUACCAGUCUGCGACAUUCAAGCAGACUUCUGCGACAGGCGGCGCCUCCGACUACGACUACACCCGCAGUGGUAAUCCGACCCGCACCCACCUUGAGAAACACCUCGCCAAAAUCAUGCGAGCGAAGCGAGCUCUUGUCGUCUCUUCUGGCAUGGGGGCACUGGACGUGAUCACCCGCCAGCUUCGGCCAGGCGACGAAGUUGUGACGGGAGAUGACUUGUACGGUGGCACUCACAGACUGCUAAAAUAUUUGUCCACCCAUGGCGGCAUAAUCGUGCAUCACGUCGACACCACAACGCCCGAAAAGGUACAGGAAGUCGUCAACGAGAAGACUGCCAUGGUCCUUCUCGAAACCCCCACGAACCCGCUCAUCAAGAUCGUGGACAUCCCUUCAAUAUCAAACAUCGCGCAUGCCGCCAACCCAGCCUGCAUUGUCAGCGUGGACAACACCAUGCUCUCUCCAUAUCUCCAAAACCCCCUAGAGCUGGGCGCGGAUAUUGUGUACGAGUCUGGGACCAAAUACUUGUCUGGCCACCACGAUCUCAUGGCCGGUGUCAUCGCCGUUAGCGACGAAGCAUUGGGAGACAAGUUGUACUUCACGAUCAAUGCAUCGGGGUGCGGUCUAGCGCCGUUUGACUGUUGGUUGUUGAUGAGAGGAAUCAAGACGUUGAAAGUUCGCAUGGAUGCACAGCAGAGUAACGCCAUGCUGAUCGCUCGGUUCCUGGAGUCGGCCGGCUUCAAAGUCCGCUACCCCGGGCUUCCGAGCCAUCCUCAGUACGAUCUGUUUAAUUCCAUGGCCCGUGGUCCGGGAGCUGUUCUGUCCUUCGAGACCGGAGACAUCCAACUAUCCGAGAGGAUCGUCGAGUCCGCCAAGCUGUGGGCCAUUAGUGUGAGCUUUGGCUGUGUUAAUUCUCUGAUUAGUAUGCCUUGCCGCAUGAGUCACGCGAGCAUUGACGCAAAAACUCGAGCGGAUCGUGGCGUCCCCGAAGACCUCAUCCGGCUGUGUGUCGGCAUUGAGGAUGGCGAGGAUCUUCUUGACGAUUUGCGCAGUGCGUUGGUUCAAUCAGGUGCAAUGAACGUUUCUUUGGAUGGUAUUUACGCGAAGAACGCCACCAUUGGCGCCGAACACCCUGAAGAGGGAGAACAGCUUGCCGCUGACGCAGCGGCCGAGAACGAGCCAUGA